AUGGCGACUCUGUUCCUCUGCUGCUCAUCUUCUUCCCUCUCACUCAUUCAGUCUCCGCCUUCCGCUUCUUUCGGCCGCCGGAGCUGUUCCCCCUGCUGUAUCGGCAUCGGAGCUUCUUCCUCUUCCUAUUCGCCUUCCACAUCCGCUUCAUGUUCUGCUUCGUCCAGCGCCAAACCCAAGGUCGUCGUCACCAGAGAGCGUGGCAAGAACGGGAAGCUCAUCAAUGCUCUGGGAAAACAAGGGAUCAGUGUACUGGAGCUUCCUUUGAUUCAGCAUACGGAAGGGCCUGAUUCGAAUAAACUGUCAUCUCUGCUGCGAGAUGUAAUAUUUGAUUGGAUCAUCAUAACGUCUCCUGAAGCGGGCUCAGUCUUUCUGGAGGCGUGGAAGGAAGCAGGAACCCCAAAGGUUAAGAUAGCUGUCGUGGGUGCUGGUACAGCCAGCAUUUUUGAAGGAGUGAUCCAAUCUUCAAACCAAUUACUCGACAUUGCUUUCUCACCAUCAAAAGCAACGGGUAAAGUUCUGGCAGCAGAGCUCCCUGACUGUGGAAACGGAAGGUGCACUGUCUUGUAUCCAGCCUCUGCUAAAGCUAGCACUGAGAUUCAGGAAGGCUUGUCAAACCGUGGAUUUGAGGUUGUUAGAUUGAAUACAUAUACAACGAUUCCUGUAGAUCAUGUGGAUCCAACAGUUCUUACGGAGGCACUCUCUGUUCCUGUAGUCGCAGUUGCUUCACCUUCUGCAAUUCGUGCGUGGCUCAAACUCGUUUCUUCGGAAUCAGGGCAUUGGGACAACUCUGUAGCCUGUAUCGGUGAGACUACAGCAUCAGCUGCAAAAAGGUUAGGUUUCAAGAACGUCUACUACCCAGCACAGCCUGGUCUGGAAGGGUGGGUAGGCAGUAUCGUGGAAGCAUUGAGGGCACACGAAAAGUCCGAGAAAAAGCUGGAAGUGUCGUAG